CGAAGGCACUAUUUGGGGAGAUAAACCGCGCCUCGGUCCCAGCCGCACCAACCGGCUCUUUCCGGUUUACCUCUCCUGUCAACAAGUGCAGCCCACCGAUCUACCUUCCAGACCAGGACAGACCUAACAGGAGCUGUCGUUUACGGUCCGCAACCGGUUUAACAAAAAUCAUAUCGAACUACAAAUUUGGAAAAAGGCUUUUGAACUAAAGAAAAGAAAACACGCAAAAGAUGUUGGACCGAUAUAAUAUCCAUGACAUUGUUUUGUCAUUCCUUGUUGGAUGCAUGGCAUGUCUUUCAUUGGCAUCUGUGAAUAAUGCAGACGGUCGUGUGUUCACCCUGGACCUGAGGGGGUCCGCCUCGCUGCGGGGGCUGCGGGGGGCCGAGCGGGCCUGCGUCCUGCAGAACGCCCGCCUGGCCUCGGGGGCGGAGCUCCGCCGGGCCGUGCUGGAGUGCUCCUUCUCCGCCUGCACCCGAGGGUGGCUCCACGACGGCACCGUGGGGACCACAGACUGUAGGAACGCUGGCAGCUCCCUGACGGCCAUGGAGGUGAGGACCGAGAACUUCACCGACCACACGGCCCAGCUCAACGCCUUCUGUAUCAAAGACACAGGUGUGCCGUGCGGUGACCCCCCCUCCUUCCCCAGCACCCGGCUCCAGGGCCAGGCGGGGUUCGAGCUGGGGGACGAGCUGCUGUACGUGUGCACCCCUGGCUAUCGGAUGCCCAGCGGGAACACGGCCUUCAGCCUGCUGUGCGACAGCUGCGGAGAGUGGUACGGCCUGGUGCAGAUGUGUCUCAGAGACGAAAGUGAAACGCACAUCGACUACGAAGACAGGUUCUCCGAAGGCUACGGUGCGCUGGACCACCACAGUGACCCCGGGGAGGUCCCGGCAGAGAGGGAGGACCCCCCGGUCUCGGAGGAGAUGCACCCGGCGGUGUUCCAGCAGCAGCAGGAUCCCACCCCCUUCACGGCGGGGCGAGGAGGGCAGCAGCGCCGGGACCAGCAGGGAGAGGAGGCGUGGGGAGGGGAGGAACGCUCCCUCCACGGGGCGGAGGGCGUGGCCGGCGGAGGGUCGCAGGGGGCCGCUCGAGGUGUCCGGCUGGGAGAGGACCCCGAGCCCGGGGACGUGAAGGGCGGUGUUCCUCUGGAGCAGGAGCAGGAGCUUGUGGUGCGGGUGGGGUCCGACGCGGCGUCGCAGGCAACGGCCGCGCCCGUCUCCAAGCUCUCCCAGAAGCACAUGUUCUGGUUCCCGUCAGAGGCCUUCCACGAGGAGGGCUACCCUGCCCCGGAAGACCCCGGCACGCAGACCCCAGCGGCUGACACAGACCAAUCAGACGAGAGCAAGGAGGGUCAUCCCGAUGCAGAUGCUGACGAUCACCACGAUGAGGUCGGUGACCAUGACGACCACCAGGACGACCGUGAAGACAGCCGCCAACAGGAGGAUCAUGACGACAGUCGCCAUAGCGACCACGACGACCACGACGACCACGACGACCGUGAAAACCGCGACGAUGGAGCAGAUGAGGAUGUCCAUGACAACAGUCGCCAGGAGGAGGCCCAGGACGAGGACCUUCUGGAUCAACACGUGAAGCAUUACAAUCCGGGCCAGCGCGACACCGUGGACCGGUACAGUCGCUACGACGACGACGUCGAUCCCAGGGAGCACUACGACAUGGGCGAACACGAGGACGACCAACACGCCCACGUCCUCCGUGGCGGCGAAAGAGAAGACGCUGACAGAGACCGUGACAUUGUUGAGGAGGACGGCGACGAUGAAGACCGGGAGAGGGAGGACCUCCAUGAGCCCGGAUCCCACGAAGAGCCCGAAGACCCCCAUGAGCUUGAAGAGCCUGAAGACCACCACGAGCACGAAGACCACCAUGAGGACGAAGACCACGAGGAAUACGAUGAGCAUGAAGAGCCUGAAGACCACCGCGAGCACGGUGACCAGGAUGAGCAUGAAGAGCACGAAGACCACGAUGACCACGAUGACCACGAUGACCACGUUGACCACGAUGACCACGAUGACCACGUUGACCACGAUGACCACGAUGACCACGUUGACCACGAUGACCACGAUGACCAUGAUGACCACGAGGACCACAUUGACCAGGAAGAGCCUGAAGAGCCUGAAGAGCCUGAAGAGCACCCUGAGGAAUCCGAGGAAGACUUGGAAAGCGAAACGAGCGAACCCAACGAGAACAACGACAGUGACGCCGAUGGCGACCGCUACCACGACCAUGACCACACUAAGGAGGAGACUGCUGAGACCGAUAACGAAGACGAGCACGAUGCCCGCGACAUCCUCGAGGACCACGAUGAAGACCACGAUGAGGAUGAGGAUGACGACAUCGAUCCUCAGCUGGACCUCCCUCUUGCCACAGAGGAACCCACAACCCAGGAAGCGGCAGGGAGAAAGCCGACGACCACCACGGACAAGAACUGGCUGGACGGCUACCCCGUCGGGCCCGAAGAGGCCGAGAGGGGCGGCUCCACAGAGGAGGCAGGGCCGUCCCGAGAGACAGAGGAGGAGGAGGAACCGGUCGUUGUGGUCGGCGGCGGAGCGACAGACGUGUCCAGCGAGGCGGGCCCCCUCCCGGAGCUCCCCUCCGACGGACCCGAGCCGGAGCAGGACCGGGGGGGAGACGCCUGGCCCGGCCCCCGUCCCCGCCAGCCCACCCCUCCCCCCGGCGGCCACCAGUCCCAGGACUCCAUCUCAUACCCGGACCACACCGAGGACCCCGCCCUCGCCUUGGACGCGGAACACCCCUCGGAUCACCCGUACCCGGAGCCCCGCCCGGGCCUCCCGGAGGGCGGCGAGGACGCGGACGGCACGGUGUCGCUGGAGGGGGAGGGCGGGGAGAGGGCCCCGGUGGAGGGGGAGAUGGGGGAGGCCGUGUGCACCGGGGAGGACUGCCCUCCCCCUCCUCCGCCCACCUCGUCCAGCCGGGGUCCCAUCGUGGCUGCCGUCAUCGUGGCGAUCUGCGCGGUCGCCAUGGUAGCCGUUAUGGGGGCGUGGCUGUACCGCCGGCGGCAGCAGAAGAACUCCAUGUACCAGUUGAACGGCAAGGACCACAGCCAGUGCAAUCCGGAGCAGCAGAUCGAGAUGCAGCAGAAGGUGUAGCCAAACGAACAAGCGGGGGGAGGGGGAGAGGGACGGACACUGUGGAGCUGGGGAAGGGGCGGAGCGUUAGAGUCCGGCCAAUCAGAUGAUGAUUGAUCUGACGUAUUAAGAUAGGUAUCUAUGGGUAUUUAGGUAUAGGUAUUUAUGGUUGUAUUUAGGGGCCUCCUCACUGUGUAGGGAUGUCCAUAGCAUCUCACACAACUAAGAACUUGCAUUGUAGAUGAUGUAUAGACAAAAGGGUUUAUAAUUGAGCUGGGUGGGUGGGGAUAAAGGGGGGGUUAGUAGGGUAGUUUAGGAGUUUAGUGAGAUGAUUGUAGCGGACAACACAAGAUCAUUUCUGUCUGAAAUAUGCGCUUGGAGAAAGCCCUCGGACAUUGUGGUGAAGAUAUUUUAAUUUCAUGUCAUAGGAGUUUGUUUUUUUAUGCCAAUAUUAAUGCCUGCUCCCUGAAGGGAGCAUUCAAUCGUUUAGUUUUGAUGUGUUGGUUUUUGUUUUAUGUUUUUAAUUACUGUUUAUGUUGUUGCGAGAAAAAGAAAUCCACUUUAUUCCUUUAUUUUGAGAAUGUUGAGGUUCAGACUUCUGCCAGAGACAGCACUGAAUGAACCUGUAGGGACAAGCCUGUCUCUGGUCAGAGCGGAGGGUCGACAGAGGCCCUCGACACCCAGUCACAAACGGGCCUUCUCCACCGAGCAGCUCUCUUGGUUUGAUUGGUUCCAUAUGGUAGCUGAGUGGUGCAACUGAAUGCCUCCACAUUCAGUCGUUGUUUCCCCCCCCCUCUUCCUCCCAAGCGGGCGUUCUGAACCAAUAUGGCCACUAGGUGAAUAAGGCCCAUAGUAGGGAUGUGCAACAGGGCAAUUUUUUUUUCUUAGAUGACAUCUAGAAGAAGAUCACACCCUGUCUGAUUAUGUGUGUGUGUGUGUGUGUGUGUGUGUGUGUGUGUGUGUGUGUGUGUGUGUGUGUGUGUGUGUGUGUGUGUGUGUGUGUGUGUGUGUGUGUGUGCCCGUGUUCGCAUGUGUGUGUGUGUGUUCAUUCAUGUGUGUGUGUUCGCAUGCGUGUGUGUGUGUGUGUGUGUGUGUGUGUGUGUGUGUGUGUGUGUGUGUGUGUGUGUGUGUGUGUGUGUGUGUGUGUGUGUGUGUGUGUUUGUGUGUGUGUGUGUGUGUGUGUCACAUUGGUGUGAUUCUCUGGUCAUUGGUGUGUCAUGUUUGAAGGUCCCGGUGAGAGUCCAGAGUCUGGAUGAGGGAUGCCACAUAGAAUUCAGAACCCAAGAUCAAACAGCCCAGUGCUGCCAUGACAACCAAUAGUAUGUAAGUUGCCAAAACAGGACAGCAAUCUAACUAUUUUGAAGGUGAAUUAUUAUUACUUUAUCGUUCUACAAAUUGACUUUGAAUAACCAGAGCACUGGGAAUGAUUUGGUUUACAUUAUCUGAUAUUCAUUCUGUUUUUUGUGUGGUAUUGUGUUAUUUUUCAUCAUAGUUUGUUAGUGUUAUUAAAUAUGAAAAAAUGAUUAUUAAGGUAUACUUCUAAUAACAGAUAUCGCAUGACAGCAAUUUUGGUAGUAUUAACAUUUGGAUACAUUUCUAAUACUGUACACAAAGAACUGACAUUUUUAGAAUGUUCUAAAGGAACCCAAUAAUUUUGUCAUCGCUGAUGUUCUUCCCCUUAUCAUAGUUUUAUGUGCAUUGUUUCCAAAAAAUAUGUGUUUGUGUGUGUGUUUGAGAGCGAGACAGAUGGUGUGUGUGUGUGUGUGUGUGUGUGUGUGUGUGUGUGUGUGUGUGUGUGUGUGUGUGUGUGUGUGUGUGUGUGUCUGCACAGUAGUGUUUUUACAAAAUUGAAAAUAAAAUAAAUGUCCUAAAUUCUUUAGGACAAUAGCUGAAGCAAACAACGAACAAAUUCCUUCUGUGGUGAGUGUGUGUUUCUGUAAAUACAUGUUGACAUGAGUAAACUGCUGCACAUAAAGCCUACAUAACUGGUCUCAGACCUAACAGAUGCUCCUCACAGCCCAGCCCAGGACAGGCUCAGGUCAGGUCUCACACAGGGUCAACUAUACCUUUUCUUAAGUCAUCUGACUUAUUGUCUUUUAUUAUUUGAAUUGAACACAACGUUAGCAGCUGCCCACUGUCAGCUUGGCCAUGCUGCCAUGCUAUAACCCAAACAAUAAAGAAACUGUUAGAAAAUAUGUUGUUUAUGUGUUGUUUUUCUCAUUUUUAUUAAUUAUAUGCUCCUCAAUUCACGGGGCGGUUAGAUAAGGAUACGGUUGUCCAGUUUUGUCUAUGCAUGUUUUCCCGCUGUAGGUUUCAAUAAACGACUCAACCUGUC